UUCUUCCGGUGUGAUGGCGGCGCCCAUGGCUGGGAUGCUACGAGGGGGUUUCCUGCCCCUGGCGGGCUGGGUUCCGACCCUCCAGAUUGUCCGCUAUGGGUCCAAAGCCGUCACUCGCCACCGACGCGUGAUGCACUUUCAGAGGCAGAAGCUGAUGGCUGUGACUGAAUACAUCCCCCCCAAACCAGCUGUUAACCCAAGAUGUCUGCCACCUCCUCCCAGACCCCCUAAGGAGGAGAUGGGCCUCAUCCGGCUUCUCAAUCGGGAGAUCGAAGCCCUGUUCCGAGACAACCGCAUGAUCGCAGUCUGCCAGAACGUGGCUCUGGCAGCUGAGGACAAGCUACUGCUCCGGCACCAGCUUCGGAAACACAAGAUCCUGAUGAAGGUCUACCCCAAUCAGGUCCUGAGGCCUUUCCUGGAGCAGUCCAAGUACUGCAACCUGCUGCCCCUGUUUGUGGGGCACAACCUGCUGCUGGUCAGCAACGAACCCAAGGUCAAGGAGAUGGUCCGCAUCCUGAAAGGGGUGCCUUUCCUGCCCCUGCUUGGUGGCUGCAUUGAUGACACUAUCCUCAGCAGGCAGGGCUUCAUCAACUACGCCAAGCUUCCCACUCUGGACAUGGCGCAGGGAGAGCUGGUGGGCAGGCUCUCAGGCCUCAUGGCUCAGACCCACGCCCUGCUUCAGCACCAACCACUGCAGCUCACGGCCUUGCUGGAUCAGCACGUCAAGCAGCAACCUAAGGAGGACUCUGUGGGGACAGCUGAGGAACAGCCAGCCCCUAGCGCUGCACCAGAGUCUUAGCCAGACCACCGUCACUGGCCUGUCUAUAGACACUCUACUCUGGCCACUGACAGCAACCUCAGAUACCGUCCUCCCACAUCUGUGUCAGAGCCGAGACUUCCUCACUUUCCGUGGCCUUCCCAGCCCAGCUGGAACCUACCAGGAGUGAGGGCUCUUUCAGCUCAGCACUCAAGACAGCAGUGUCUGAGCUAGGUCCUUUCUGUGUGGACCCACCCACAUCCUUUGGGGUCCACUGUGCUCUAGUUGGCCCUUGUUUGAGAACCGACAGUGGCACUGCCCUUGUUAAUUGCAUGCCACCUGUUUGUUCUUUGGGAUAGUCAAGUGGCUUACCUUGACCUCAACAGGGUAUGCCUGCCUGUGUUGAGCAGGUAGUUAAUGAUGGGACAGGACACCCUGAACAAAGACUGUGCCCUGGAGUUCACCAUUCAGGUUCCAGGUACACAUGGAAGUUUUCUGUCCAUACUGUGCCAAGUUUGGGAAGGUUGGGAGCCCUGCGUAGUGAUUAAAUAAAGCACAUUGGAUUUC